CCAAACCCGCAUUGGUCUAUUCAUUGCAACGUUAAAAGACCGAUAACCAGUGGACCACCCACUGUCAACCGCAGCACAGGGAACUUACGAAGCUCUGUUUGGAUAUCAUACUACUAGCACGGAAAUAGAGACAUUUGAUUUUCUUCCUCUUUCACUUUCCUCAAAACAAACGAUGCCUAGCUCUUUUUCUUUUUUUAAUUGUAGAUUAAGUGAUCAAUAAUUGAGAAAAUCUACAUAUAAGAAGUUCAAAGUUCACCUUCCACAAAUCAUACCACAACAACUGAAUCAUUAUAGCUCAUAUCAGUAUCUUACACCACAGAAUCCCGUGGAAUACAGAAGAAUCAAGUGAAGGAUUCCAUGGAAGAACAGGGUGCUAAAGUCCAAACCAGAAGUUAUUGGAGACUCAGAAAACAAGAUUUCUUACCAGAAGAGUCAUUCCAAAGCUGGGCUAACUACCGCUCUGCAUUAGCCCAAACGGGUUUUCGUUUCAGGGACCGUCUCUUAAGUCGAUCAGAUGAUGCCAAUGAGAUCCAAGAGCUGAGAAAACAAAGCGAGAAUGACAUGAAACGAUGCCUCACAUGGUGGGAUCUCACCUGGUUUGGAUUUGGUUCUGUUAUAGGAGCAGGCAUCUUUGUGAUCAGUGGCCAGGAAAUGAAAGAUCAUGCAGGACCUGCAAUUGUGUUGUCUUAUGUUGCUUCAGGAAUUUCAGCUAUGCUCUCUGUUUUCUGCUACACAGAAUUUGCAGUUGAAAUCCCAGUAGCAGGUGGAUCAUUUGCAUACUUAAGAAUUGAAUUAGGAGACUUUGUAGCAUUCAUAACGGCAGGAAACAUACUGCUCGAAAGCAUUGUGGGCAGUGCAGCAGUGGCCAGAGCGUGGACUUCUUACUUCACAACUCUUCUGAACCGUCCUUCCAAUUCUUUACGCAUACAUACAAACCUAAGGAAAGAUUUCAAUCUCCUGGAUCCUAUUGCUGUUGGGGUUUUAAUAAUUUCUGCAACAAUAGCAAUGAUCAGCACAAGGAAAACUUCAUUCUUCAACUGGAUAGCAACUGCACUGAACACCUUAGUUAUUUUGUUUGUGAUAAUUGCAGGAUUUGCUCAUGCCAAUCCUUCGAAUCUGACACCUUUUUUGCCUUAUGGAGCUAAAGGGAUUUUUCAAGCAGCUGCAAUUGUUUACUUUGCCUAUGGCGGAUUUGAUAAUAUAGCCACGAUGGCAGAAGAAACAAAAAACCCAUCAAGGGACAUCCCAUUAGGCCUGCUUGGAUCAAUGUCCACAAUUAUUGUUAUAUACUGCUUGAUGGUACUUUCACUAAGCAUGAUGCAGAAAUACACAGAAAUCGACAAAAAUGCACCAUUCUCAAUGGCGUUUCAGAGCGUUGGGAUGACUUGGGCAAAGUUUCUAGUAGCGCUCGGAGCACUCAAGGGGAUGACCACUGUUCUUCUAGUGGGGGCUCUCGGACAAGCCCGGUAUACAACUCAUAUUGCACGAGCCCACAUGAUUCCGCCGUGGUUUGCUCUCGUUCAUCCAAAGACAGGAACACCAAUAAAUGCCACGCUUCUGAUCACCAUUUCAAGUGCUCUCAUUGCUUUUUUCACAGGCCUUGACGUCUUGGCUAGCUUGUUAUCACUGAGCACUCUAUUUAUCUUCAUGAUGAUGGCUGUUGCACUUCUGGUGAGGAGAUACUAUGUGAGAGAAACUACGCCACGAGCCAACCUCCUGAAGUUCAUCGCCUUCUUGCUUAUAAUUAUGGCAUCGUCGAUGGGCACUUCGGCUUAUUGGGGACUGAAGCCCAGUGGGUGGAUUGGAUAUAUCAUCACUGUUCCUCUUUGGUUCCUUGGGACAAUGGGAAUUCAGAUGACACUGCAACAGCAGAGACAACCAAAAUUUUGGGGAGUUCCACUUGUUCCAUGGCUGCCAUCGUUGUCUAUUGCAACAAACAUCUUUCUCAUGGGAUCUUUAGGAGCAAAGGCUUUUGUAAGAUUUGGGAUCUGCACAGUUGUAAUGCUGGUUUACUAUGUGUUUUUUGGUCUUCAUGCAACCUAUGACAUGGCCCAUCAAGAACAGAAUCUUUCUUCAUUUGAAGUUAAGAAUGAAGACAUUAGUGAAAAAGGGCCUUGAUAAAACCAUGUGAUCAAUAAUCUGUAACAUUAUGAAUUAUUUGCAUCCUUACCCAUUUGCAUUGGGCCUUGUCUAAUGCAACAAAAUUGUGCAUUUAAGAUUGCUCUUUCUCACUAGUUAUUAUUUGUGAAA